CUCACAGCUUGUCCAGAAUAAUCUUGCCUCAGGAAAGGGAUAAAUUAAUCCUCGACAAAGCUCAAGUACUACACUGUUCAAACUAAAAUAUUAUCUGAACUUGGUAGUUUCUCUGAGAAAACAUUUAAUAGCCUGGUGAUUUAUUUAUGCUUCACAGAAUUCUACUCGAUUUGUAAUAAAGCCUGAUGAAAAUGCAGAACGGUUUCAAGGACUUAACAGAUUUUGACUUAGAUGGAGACAGCAAACUCUAUGUGGUUGACUCGAUUAAUAACUUGCACAGAACAAUUACUUGUGAUGACCCCUAUGGGCCAAUUUUAAAUUCAGAGGAGUGUGAGAGCGCUGCUGGAAAUAUCGAAGCAUCCACCAGGGGAUUAUUGAGUGACAAUGAGCAGAAGAAGCAACCCGAAACUGAUCCUGCAACAAUUAAAUCCGCAGAAAACGUUCCUCUGGGUUCUCCCUCAAAGCUAAAGAAAAAAUUACUACUUGCAGUAGUAAUAUUGUUGCUGCUGGUGAGCUUCGUACUUGCUGCUCUCGCUAUCAUUUUUAUCGUGAGGAUGGAUGACCAGCUUGAUUACAUUCUGGCAAAGAUAGCAGCAGAAGGGAAACAGGUUAAAGAAAUCAAGAUUCCUGUGAUGGAUCACUUCAAUUUCUCGAAAGAAUCAAACAAUAGCAAUGUAACUGGACUAUUUCACAAUUAAAGUCCAUAAUGACCAAAAGAAAUUGCAAGUACUGUACAAGUUUACUGCUAACCUUUUAAGGAGACUGAUGAAAAGAUUACAUCAUAUGAAAGGUGGCUCAGAGUGUACCUAAUGUAAUUCAAACAAUGUUUGCUGGAGCUCCGGAAGGUUUUUGAGUCUUAUGCAGAAUAUGUUUUGUGAAUUACAUGAUAAAUGGAACCGCACAAACCAACCUAUUAUGUUCAUAAGCAAACAGCCUUACAAGACUGGAGUCAAUGAAAUGAAUAGCAGCUGUCAACUACAGGAAGAAAUGGAUUGAAUUACAGAGCAAGAAUCUCCCCAAAGCAAUGCUCCAUACAGGAGUUAGCAUAUUGCAGUGAAAAUGACAAUCCCUUGUUUGAGAGGAAUUCAUCAACUAGUGAAUCUGUUAGUUGUUCUACUUGCUGAGCCAGUGAUGAUACAAUUAACUGACACAGGAUUUAAUUCUUGAACAAUGCAAUUGUGAAAAAAUCUGUUUUAUUAAGAAAAAAAUGUCCAAAAUACUACAUUAUGAUGCAUGGUUCUAUUACUUAAUUUAUUUGUGAAUUGAUUAUUUUUUCUGUGAUUCGUAACAUCAAUGAAUCCUGGCUUGAAAAUGUUAUAUAUUAAGCACCUUAGAUAUGACCAUAUGGAAUAAAUUGUUUAAAAAUUAAAUGCUUCCAUCACUGAAAAAGACUGAAUCUCAUAAUCAUAUUUUAAGACCUGUGUUGAUAGUAUUUUUUUUAGAUUUCAUCCCUUUUUAUUAACCUGAAUGAAAUAAUAUGCAUGCAAAAAUGUACAGUGAAGCAGUCUGUGAAUAAAUUCAUUGGAAAGUAAUCUUUGGAGGACACUGUGAUGCAGUUUCCUUCAUCUCUGAGAACCAGCACCCUCAUUAUACACCUUGAAUGUAAUGUUACCCCAAAACUCCCUGCAUGAAUCUCUUCAGCAGAUUCAUGCACCUGUGGUGACUACAUUUGCAAAUGAUAUUGUAAACUAUUAUGCUUGACUCUAGUGAAUAAUCCUCUUUCUUCCUCACAAAUAAUCAACAUUAUUGAUCAUAAAAUAUUUUUCCACUGUCUCCACUGCAUUGUCGAUCUUUAUGGUAUUAGC